CAAGCACUGUGAGGACCGCGAGUAACCAAUUGGUCGAUAACAAAUAAAACAUAACCUAAGUAAACAUUCGCAAGAGUAACACGUUGAACAUCACAACAUGUCUCCAGCAAAGUUUACAGUAGCAGUCAUUUGGGCUUUAUAUAUUGUUGAAACUAAUGGUUACUUUCAAGAGGAGUCAUGCCACUCUUUUGCAGGAGGUUCCGUAUACCCUCAGGGAUCACCGAAAAAUAUUGACCAUAAACUAACAUGGACAAAAGCAGUCAUUUCAAAGCCAGCUCCUGACUGGGAAGGGAGUGCAGUAAUUCAUGGCGAAUUUAAGCAACUAAAACUUUCAGACUACAGAGGAAAAUAUUUGGUAUUACUUUUCUAUCCUUUGGAUUUCACAUUUGUGUGCCCAACUGAAAUUCUUGCAUUCAACGAUCGUGUUGAAGAAUUCCGAAAAAUCAAUGCAGAAGUUGUAGCAUGUUCUGUUGACUCUCAUUUCACUCAUCAUGCUUGGACAAACACACCAAGAAAGGAUGGUGGUCUUGGGAAGCUAACAAUUCCACUCCUAUCAGAUUUGACACGCAAAAUAUCUCAAGAUUAUGGUGUUUUCUUAGAAGAUUUGGGUCAUGCCUUGAGGGGCCUUUUUAUCAUUGAUGGACGGGGGAUAUUACGUCAGAUUACAAUGAAUGACCUACCCGUUGGUCGCAGUGUAGACGAAACACUACGGUUAGUCCAGGCAUUCCAGUACACAGAUGAACAUGGGGAGGUGUGCCCAGCAGGUUGGAAACCAGGACAGGAAACGAUUAUACCAGAUCCUGUAGGAAAGAAGAAAUUCUUCCAAAAACAGAAGGAUUAAAUUUGGAUACAGCAUAUAAAAUUUUAGGUUAUCACACUGGUAAAAGUUUAUAGACCAUGACCUUGGAGACUGCCACAUUGUAUAGAAAGUGUUGUGCCCUGAAGAUGGUGGCCUGAAGUUCGUCUAAAAUAUUGGUAACUACCUGCAUGGUGUUGCAGCCUAAAAGGCCAAAUAAAAAAUUAGAUAAAUUAAUUCAGUAUGUGAAAUGUGAAGAGGGACAGAAAUUGAACCAUUGACUGGAGUGCAUUUACAGUGAACAGUGCAGUAUUUUGGUUGUACCUGGUGCUUUAUUUGCAUACUGUGAGAUUUUGUUAAAUAAGAGCUCAACAUCAGCUUUUAUUUAGCUGUUUAAAUAUUGCAUACACUAAAUAUUUGAUUUGUUUGAAUAAAAGUGCAAAAUUCAUAUUCCAUUUAAAA